AUGAAUAAUUAUUAUUAAUUUAUCAACCAGAUAUCCAUUCCCAAAUAGCAAUUACUCAUAAAAACUACUCCAGAAGUUAUUAAUUUUAAUACUAAUAGCAACAAUUUUACUAAUAAAAUCAAAUGUUAAACUAAAUUAACUAAUGAAAAUAAAAUUGAAUAAAAUAUCAGGUUAUAUAAAGAUUAAUCAACCUAAUGUGAGUUAAUAACAUAAGAUUAAACUACAUAAUGUGAAUAAUUAUCUGAACAAGAUGAAUAUAUUAUGUAACUUGUAAAAUCAAAAAUAACAUACACUAAUGGUCUACUCUCAUAGAUGGAAUCCAUAGAUAUGAAUGAUUUACAACCAAGGUAAGCAAUCUCAAUAUAAUAAUCUAUUACAAAUCCAUCAAUAUUGAUGGCAUUUAUAUAAGAAAAUAAUAAUACAAUAUAUGAAUAAUUGUUAGUAAAUCAAAACUAGACUUUUUUAAAUACAAUCUCAUAAUUGACUAACAAUAAAUAAAUAAGUGAUAUAAAAAACUAGAUAUAAUAAUUUUUAGAUAUAUUAAUUUUAAUCAAUUAAGGUUUAAUCGACUAAAAUUUUAGGAAAGAUUAUAGCAUUGUUGAUUAAUUAUCAUUUAAUGAAAACUAUUGUGAACAAUAAUCUCCAGGAUGGCUCUUAACACCUACAAUAAAAAUUGCAGACAGUUAGAACUUUUCUACUGAUUCGCUUAUCAUGAAUAAAUGA